AAGACUAGUAAACGUUUCUAUCCCUAGAUGUAAGAAAAAUCUCCUUCAAAUCUAAUCAUGCCUAGAAUUUUGAAGCAUAUUCUUGACCUUAUACUGCUUCAGAUUGCCAAUUGGAUGACUUUUUUGAACCCGCAAUAUCUCAAACCUCAUAAGCAUUGAUCCAUUCAGUCGAUAUGAAAUAAUGCUGCUGUUAACUGCCUGCAUAUCAAUUCUAUUAAGCAAGAAGAGCAGACAAACAUAGGCAGAACUAGAACCAUGAAGCUAUUGAAUAAAGAUUUCCCCUUAAUUUUUAUUUUAACCUUGUUAAUGUUAGUCCCAAAGAUUUCCAAUGCAGGGGAUACCAUAACUACUUCACAGAUCCUUAGAGAUGGUGAGACCAUAGUUUCGUCGGAUGGAACCUUUGAAUUGGGAUUUUUUAGCCUGGGAAAUUCCAACAAUCGAUAUGUGGGCAUGUGGUACAAGAAGAUAACAGUUAUGACGGUGGUAUGGGUUGCCAACAGAGAAGUUCCACUUACCAACAGAUCAGGACUGUUGAAGGUUGUCGUACCAGGACUUCUUGUUCUGCAAAACGACAAUAAUGGUGUCAUCAUAUGGUCUUCUAACACAUCACGACCUGUGAAAGCUCCGGCUGCAAAAUUGCUGGACUCAGGAAACCUUGUCGUGAAAGAAACAAAUGAUGAUGACACCGAGAACUUCCUCUGGGAGAGUUUUAAUUAUCCGACUGACACAAUGUUCUCAGGAAUGAAGCUUGGUUGGAAUUUCAGAACUGGUCAUGAAGUGUAUCUAUCAUCAUGGAAGAGCAAUGAUGAUCCAUCUAAGGGAGAUUUUACAUAUAACUUUGAUCCAACUGGCUAUCCUCAACAUGUGGUGAAAAAAGGUUCUGUUGUGCAGUAUAAAUCUGGACCUUGGAAUGGACUCCGCUAUUGUGGGAAUCCAAACUUGAGGAAAAAUCCUAUUUUCAAAUACGGAGUAGUUCUGAAUAAAAACGAGGCCUACUAUUCUUUUGAGCUUCUGAACAGAUCAGUUAUUUCAAAGUUUACAUUGACGGCAAGUGGUGUUGGACAGCGCUCGACUUGGAUCAAUCGAACACAGGGGUGGGUGGUAUGCAUUACUGCACCCACAGAUAAUUGUGAUAUUUAUGGAUUGUGUGGUGCAUAUGGUAGUUGCAAUAUUGCGAAUUCUCCGGUUUGUGGAUGUUUCGAUAAAUUUUUGCCUAAAGAUCCAGAUGGAUGGUCCAACGGAGAUUGGUCGAACAGGUGUGUUCGUAGAACUCCCUUGAAUUGUCAAAACGGAGAUGUAUUUCUCAAGUACUCUGGUAUUAAAUUGCCAGAUACGCAAUAUUCUUGGUUUAACAAGAAUAUGACACUCAAAGAAUGCAAGGUAGAAUGCUUAAAAAAUUGCUCUUGUACAGCAUAUACUUACUUGGAUAUAAGCAGAGGGAGAAGUGGAUGCCUACUUUGGUUUAAAGACCUAAUUAACAUCAAACAACUAUCUGAAGAAGGUGAAGAUAUAUACAUCAGAAUGGCUUCAUCUGAAUUAGAUUCAGAAGGGAAAAAAAGAAAAGUUCUUGAAGUAGCUUUGUCGUUGUCCAUAGGAAUGGUUCUCUUUGGGCUCAGUCUGAUGCUGUAUCUUCGAAGAAGGAAGAUAAGAAAUCACAGGCUCAGAACAGGUAGGAGGCUGGAAGACAACUUUAUGGACCGUAAAAAUGAGGAAAGUCAAAACGAAGACAUAGAACUGCCGCUGUUUGAUUUAUAUACAAUAAUUAAAGCUACAGAUAAUUUUUCAAUUCAUAACAAGCUUGGAGAGGGUGGGUUUGGACCUGUUUACAAGGGCGUACUGGAGGAGGGGCAGGAAAUUGCUGUCAAAAGGCUAUCUAGAAAUUCCCUUCAAGGACUGGAUGAGUUCAAGAAUGAAGUUAUCUGUAUAGCUAAAUUGCAACAUCGAAAUCUUGUGAAACUUCUAGGGUAUUGCAUUCAAAGAGAAGAAAAGAUGUUGAUUUAUGAAUUCCUGCCCAAUAGAAGUCUCGACUUGAUUAUAUUCGAUCCAAUGCGAAGUGCAGUACUUGAUUGGCCUAAGCGCUUUCACAUUAUAAAUGGUAUUGCUCGGGGACUUGUGUAUCUCCAUCAAGAUUCCCGUCUCAGAAUCAUCCAUAGAGACCUCAAAGCUAGCAACAUUUUACUAGAUUCUAACAUGAACCCGAAGAUAUCAGACUUCGGAAUGGCUAGAAGUUUUCAAGGAAACGAGACUGGAGCUAAUACGAGCCGAGUAGUUGGAACAUAUGGCUACAUGUCCCCAGAAUAUGCUAUAGAUGGCAUGUUUUCAAUAAAAUCAGAUGUAUUUAGCUUUGGCGUUUUGGUGCUUGAGAUUGUAAGCGGCAAAAGAAACAGAGGAUUUUCUCAUAGAGAUCACCACCAUAGCCUUCUUGGACAUGCAUGGAUGUUGUAUAAAGAAGGAAGGUCACUGGAAUUCGUCGAUGAUUACCUUGGCGUUUCAGGUUAUUCAUCAGAAGUGCUGAGAUUUAUCCAUGUAGGACUGUUGUGUGUUCAACAAUGUCCAGAACAUAGGCCAAGCAUGUCUUCGAUAGUGUUUAUGCUUGAAAAUGAAGUUGAGUUGCCUCAAGCAAAGCAACCUGGUUUUUUCACAGAAAGAGAUUUGUUUGCUGGUGAAAGUUCAAGUAGCACAAAUGCACCCAGCUCAAUAAACCAAGUAACCGUUACACAAAUGGAAGCACGAUAAGUUAACAAGUUAAAUUUGUUUUUCCGAUAUUGCUUUUAUCGUUAUUCUUCAACCGGAAUGCUAAAUUGUAUUUCUAUUCAUUAUAAACGUUAAUUUUCUAUUUAAGUAGUUGGAGGAUCUAUUUUUAUUAGCAA